CGACGUCUGUGAUAUAGGGCCAAUACCUAUUGUCCCUCCACUCACAUUAUAGACCUCGCCCUCACACGUCCCACCAGUCAAAGCGUUUGUGAGUCACACAUAGGUGACAAUGUCUGCCGAUAGCACAGCUAUGGCUGCACCCACCAGUGUCACGGUGGAAUGCGACUCUGGUAACGACUAUGACGGCCGUUUGGGUCUGCGCAUCUCGUCCAUCUUUGUCAUUCUUGUUGGGUCCUUCAUCGGUGCUGUGGCCCCCAUCAUCUUGGCCCGUUCGAGUCGCAUGAUGGUCCCCAAGACUGCCUUCUUUAUUGCAAAAUACUUUGGAUCUGGCGUCAUCAUAGCAACCGCCUUCAUCCACCUUUUGGCCCCUGCCAACGAGGCACUCAGCUCGCCAUGCUUCCCGGAAGAUUCCGUCAUCGCCAGCUACUCUUGGCCAGAGGCAAUAGCCCUCAUGACCAUCUUCCUCAUGUUCCUCAUCGAGCUGCUCGCCAGCCGCUUUGAGUGGAGCCUCGGCGGCGCGCACAGUCAUGAUCAUAGCCAUGACUUAGCAGAGGCAGAGCCAGUCUCAUCUAUAGCAAUCAAGAAGCCUGCUGAUGAGGAGAACGUCGCCGCCAACGACUCCACCACCCUCACCCUUACUUCUGUCAACGACCCGCGAUUCACGCAUGAGGUCUCUUAUCCACCCGGCGGCGAAGACCACCUGGGGCACAAACGCGACCACACCGAGCCCGACUCCUUGGCCGCACAGAUGACAGCCCUGUUCAUUCUGGAAUUCGGUGUCAUCUUCCACUCCGUCUUCAUCGGGCUCACCCUCGCCGUCGCGGGUUCUGAGUUCACCAUCCUGUACAUUGUCCUCGUCUUCCACCAAAGUUUCGAGGGUCUCGGUCUCGGUACCCGACUGGCGGUUGCACAGUGGCCCAAGGGAAAGGAGUGGCUGCCCUAUGUGCUCGGCUGCGCCUAUGCGCUGUCCACGCCCAUUGCCAUCGCCAUCGGUAUCGGUGUUCGACAGACACUUGCCCCGGAGGGCCUCAAGUCCCUGACCAUCAACGGCAUUUUUGAUUCCAUCUCCGCUGGUAUCCUCAUCUACACCGGUCUGGUCGAGCUGAUGGCUCACGAGUUUAUGUUCAACGUGGAGAUGCGCAAGAGCAGUAUCGGUAUGACGCUGUCAGCAUUUGGAUGCAUGUGUCUUGGUGCGGGAUUGAUGGCCCUGCUUGGGAAAUGGGCAUGAAGAGGAUGAUUAAGGAUAUGGUCACUUGAGAGUAAAAGAAAAGUACAAAGAAAGAAGAAAAAAAGAAGGUCGACACUUGUCAUCAACAUCAUCAUUGAGCGGCGUUGUAUAGGCACAGCACGACCUGGGAUAGUUAAGUAUGCAUGAGGGCGACAAUUGCGCGCGCACGCUUGUUAUUCCGCCUCCGAUACUUAUGCCAUGGGCGUGCAGGCUUAUGUUAUCCUGCACAACAUGGGUCCCGCAAGCCACACGGUUUAGAUCGGCAUUGUGUGAUAGUUUUACUUAGAACGAUACCCAUAAAUCAUUUGAAUGAGAGUAUAUGGAAUUCCCUUU